AAGACGAGCCAGUAGAUCAGAGGAGAGAAUUGCCAAUAAGAUAAGAUUGAUUUCCUCUUUGAUUUAAUUUUCCCCACUAUUUCAUGUGUAAAGGAAGUUGUCAUUGUACCAGGGAAACUUGUAACUAGAAGUUGUUCAAAUUCUGGAUUCAAUUGUGUGACUUGUGUGUUGUGUCACACCUUCCAGUGUGACUCUAAUUAGACACUUAUACUGAAGUAAUACUAUCUAGGCAUGUUUAAUAACUUGAGACUAUGUAAGACUUGUUACUGCACGUAAUUUGUUUGGAUCUUUACAAGUUACAUCCAGAUACUGGAAGACGGGGGAUUGCCACUGGGACCACCAACUUGCUCUGUAAUCUGGGCCCACCUUUUCCACUAAAACAACUCAUCAUUACCCAGCAAACAAGAACGAAAUAUAGAGAAAUUACGCGUAAAACGCAAUGGGUCUCGGGUUCCUAGAGUCGCCAGAAAUUGUCCCCAACAGGCCACGACCAAUGGGAUUUGUUUCACGUGUCACUGUUUCUGUUUGUCAUAGUGAGAGAGCACUUCUUUUAAAGCUUAUCUUCCCUAUGUACCCAACAAUCGCCAAGAUGUCUCACUUCGACGAUGAGAAAUUUAAGCAGCUACAGCUGAAAGUCAAGUUUAACGUCAUUCCGAAAACUAGGCUGAAAAAAUUCGGCAAACUUUUUGAUGGUUACCCUACUGGGCUGGUUAAGAGCGAACCGGGUGGAUUCGUCAUGCCACCCACGUACGGAGAAAAUGCUGAAAAGAUUUACCGGAUGAAGCCGAGAACUGACGACGUUUGGUUGCUCACGUUCCCUAAAUGCGGGACCACUUGGACGUCUGAGUUGCUAUGGUUACUUAAAAAUGAUUGCAAUUUUGAAACAGCCGCCAAAAUUCAACUUCAUAGCCGGGCUCCUUUCUUAGAAAUGCCUUACUUGAGUGCGGUGUCUGGGCCAAUGAAAAAUUUCCUCAUGACGGUGGACAAGGUGGAAAAGCUUCCGUCUCCGAGAGUCAUACGACCUCAUUUGCCGUUUUAUUUGCUGCCUCCUGAGCUUCUCGACACAACCAAGGUAGUUUACGUGGCUCGCAAUCCCAAAGACGUAAUCGUUUCAUACUACUUCCAUCACAAAUUGAUUAAAGUGCACGGUUAUACCGGAACUUUGGACGAAUUUGCGGAAUUCUUCAUCAACGAUGAAGUUGUGUACGCUCCUUUUUUCCCACACAUUUUGGACGCCUGGUCUAAACGUCACCAUCCAAACAUGCAUUUCAUGUUCUACGAGGACAUGAAAAAGGAUUUGCGUGGAGAAAUCGAGAAAGUUGCCACCUUCCUCGGAAAAUCGUACAGUGACGAGCAGUUGGGAAAACUGACCGAACAUUUGAAGUUUGAAAAUUUCCAGAAAAAUGAAUCCGUCAACAGCGAAUCGGGCAAAAAAUUUGGCGCCAUGAAUGAAGACGGGAGAUUUAUUCGCAAUGGUAAAACGGGAGACUGGAAAAAUCAUUUCAGCCCAGAAUUAAACAGCCGAAUCGACGAGUGGAUCGAAAAGAACUUGGCCGGUACUGAUUUGAAGUUUGUGACGGAACUGGAGCAUCAAGAUUAAAAUAAGUAAAACACUAACCACUCAACUUCUCACCUAUCUAAGUAGGUUUUUUUUUAUGUGGUUUCAUUAGAAAUAUGACAUUUUAUUUUCACAAUUCAUAUUAUUGGAAUAAAUUGUCUUUUACCUAGAAUCUUUGAGAUUGGUUAAUGGUUAUGACAUCUGAUCUGUCACACUCCUAUCUCUCAAAAUAUGGAUGAUCAUGAUGAGUGUGUAGAAAAUCUUAUCAAAAAAAGCCAAUCCCCAUAGUCAUUCAAAUGAGAUGUUUGCUUUUCUUAUCCAUACAAAAAUGAAAUCAGGACAGAAAGGAAAUUAAAACGUCAGUGCUACUUUA